AAUCUGGAAAUAAAUGUGUACAAAUAUUCAGGUAAACAUCUUCUGAGAUCUCACUACCAGACCGUGUUGCAGCAGCCAGAGUCUGAGCUAGUCCAUCCAGGAGACUCUGUGACUCUGCAGUGUUCAGUCCUCUCUGAGUCCUGUACAGGACAACACAGUGUGUUCUGGUUCAGAGCCGGGGCAGGAGAAUCCCAUCCAGGACUCCUUUACACCCAAGGAGACAGGAGUGAAGAGUGUGAGAAGAGACCUGAGACUCCCUCUCCUACACGGAGCUGUGUCUACAGCCUCUCCAAGAACAACCUCAGCUCCUCUGAUUCUGGGACUUACUACUGUGCAGUGGCCACAUGUGGAGAGAUACUGUUUGGCAAUGGAACAAGACUGGAUGUUGAACCAGCAGUGGAUCUCAUAGUUAUCGUCCUGGUGGUGUCCUUAGCUGUGUGUGUUGUGUUGAUCAUUAUCCUCAUCUGUACCAGAAAGACACGGAGACUGUGUGAGAAUUGUAAAGAUUCUUCACAGGAAGGUGAAGACUUGAACUAUGCUGCUCUGCAGUUCUCUGAGAUGAAAGGUAAAAGAGGAAGAAGGAAGAGAGAGACCCCACAGGAGAGUGUGUACUCUGAUGUGAGGGGUUCUGACUGGGAGGGAAGUGGUCAAUAG